CGCUUGCUCCUAGACAGACGCCAGCUUGCAGCCGCACUUACGGCGGAACAGACGCUGCAGACUUCAGUAUUAACCUUAUAUUAUUGAAUCAUGGGUGAUUUCCAUGUAUAACUUUUUUCUUUACAAAAUCACGUCAAAUUUAAAAAACCGCUUCUUCGAAUUUCUUUUCUCCAAAUUCUCUGCUUAAAAUCCCCACAAGGGUUGCCAAGGGACCGCGUUUACUACCUUCCGACUAAGCCCAUAUGAUUUUCAGCCACCGAACACGCUCUAAGCCAAGUUUGAGUUGACCAUUAAAACCGGUCUGCAGACGCAGAUAUGCAUUUAAGUAUUUUCGCUUGCCACUUUGAGUAGUUUACGUUAAGACAUUGAACGAAAUGAAUGUAGCGGUGGCGGCAUGAGGAUUACUCGAUUGCUGUUUUCGCGCUCGUAGACACAAAUAUUUAUGUAUUAUACCUUUAGCAGUGCAUUCCGACGAAAUCCAAUUUCUUUGAGGACCAAGAAUCACGAUGCUACCAAAUACAAUUAGUCAGGAUCGCGGCAAAGAUUGGACCAGCCUUCACGAGGCUGCUGCCAAUGGUAAUGAGGAAAUGAUAAAGACGCUACUCGCUGGCAAUUCCGAUACGACAGCAAAGGAGACCAAAUUGGGAAAUACACCACUACAUGAAGCAGCAUCGCGCGGUUUAAGUCGCGCCGUAAAAUUGCUUAGCACGCCCAAGAUUACGGCCAAGCCAACUUCAAAGAGCAAGCAAAAAAAUGAAGCAGCUAAACAGAAUCGGGGUCCUACACAAAACGCGUUGUUGAGUAUACAGAACUUCGCCGGCUUCACCGCCUUACAUUUAGCUGCACAAAAUGGACACAAUCAAAGCUGUAGAGAAUUACUACUGGCUGGCGCCAGUCCAGAUGUUGAGAAUUAUUAUGGCGACACAGCAUUACACACUGCCUGCCGGUAUGGACAUGCAGGUGCCGCACGCAUACUCAUCUCCGCCUUUUGCGAUGUGAACAAGAAGAAUCUCAAUGGUGACACGCCCCUGCACAUAACCAGCGCCAUGGGUAGGCAUAAGCUGUCACGUAUCCUCUUGGAAGCUGAAUGCGAAAUUAAUACGCGUAAUUCACAAUGCGAGACACCGCGCGAUAUAGCGAUACGCAAAGGUUUCGGCAAAAUAUUGGACAUCUUAGACAAUCCGCAUCGCAUACGCAAUAAGAAAGCCAAAGCGCCGCUGACAGGUGAGGAAGCAGACAAAACGAAAGCGGUACCGUGCACGUCAAAGUCACAUUCGAAUGAGGUCAGUUGGUCGCCAUAUGGCUGUCAUUAUUUUCCCGAUAUGUGCGCCUUCCCGUCACCCAAACUCGAGACGCUGCCCAAGGAGCCACUGAAACGCGGCGAACAGUACUAUUUGGAUUUGGCGGGGCACAUACGCAAAGGACCCAUCGGUAUUGGAAAUAUAUGCUAUUGCGGUCCUUUCUUCAAGCAUAUCGAGGAUAAAAUAAAUUCAAAUAAGCGGCAUUUGCGUAAGUAUGUGCACAAUGCUAAGGAGCAUUUGGAUGACAAGGUGCAGGCGCUGGCUGCGCGCACUAAUCAUCAAAUUGAGAAGCUGACACGCACCAUGAUCGCCGAUCGCGUGGAGUGCGAAAAUAGACGUUUGUAUUUGGAGAAUUACUUAAAGCGUGGUGGUCCCUUGCGGCUAACAACUGACGUAACGUCGAAGGGAAGAGAGACGCGUGAAAUGCACGACACGUUGAAGCGCUGCCGAAGCCUAGAACUGCUUGAAAAGGUCGAUAUGUCGGAAGGCAAAAUGGCAAACUCACGAAGCUUUGAUCUGCUCGAUGCCAAUGCGAAUGACACAGCUGGCAUGCCGCAUAGGGACCAAGUGACGUGUUGUUCACAUGCUGCUGAAAUGCAGAAUCAUCAUUUGAGUGAGGAGUCAAACAACGAGUUCUACGAUGUGUCCAAGCGUUUAGGCAGCUUGCUGGCGAAGACCAGCACAUUUUUGAAGGUGCCUGCGCAAAGCGUACAAAACAAUGAACAGCCGCCCGACAAGUCAAUCACUGCCGCAUUAGGCAUCGAUACGGACGACGAAGCGCUUUGUACGCGCGUACAAAAUAUGCAUAUGAGUCCAUCGAUCAGCGAGGCAUCCAAUGCAACGCCGGCGCAGUUGAGUUCCGAAGCUGGCGCGAUUUCCAGCCCCGAUUACAAUUGCAAUUUCCGCACAAAGCAUGGCGCAGCGAAACGGAAAGCGAUUGCUGCGACGCCAGAAGUAGUAACUACCGCCUCGUCAACGGCUUCGCCACCUGAACGGUCGCACAGAGAUAAGCCGAUUACCGAGCGGCAGCUAGAGUAUUUAUAUGAUAUACAGAAGCGUGGCAGCGUCAUACAGAAUGUGAUAAGCGCACUGCGCAAGAGUCAUCAAAGGGCGGACAUCUUGACGGAUGUGAAAACACGCAAUGAGUCAGAGUACGUACACGAGGAUAAAUUGGGUUACAAAGAUGAGCUGUUUCAGGUGCAACGCUUGGCCGAAAACGAUAGUAAGGAGGCGGCGAUGUUGAAAGAGGUCGGACUGCCGCUUGAUAUUCACGGCACGUCCGUUGGAGAACCACAUAAAUUCGCGCUGAAGUCCUUCUACGACAACCAGUACAUGCAAACAGCAGGUGAACAGGCGACAACGUCACCAUACAUCAUGCAAGACACGCAUGCGGCACACUAUCAGGAUUCCUCCUACACCGAAAGUCAUCCGGGUGAAGACUGCCUGGACUCGUUGGAAAUCGCGCAACAGGAACAGCAAAUCCAACUGUCUGUAGCCACAAAUAAUUCACCACUCUAUGCGCAACCCGCCGUCGGCAGGGGCUCUACACCCUCACACGCCACUGACUCGCCAGAUUCACAGAAUUAUGUAUUCAAGACCAAUUACUGGCCGGAAAGGUAUGUGCCGAAAGAUGCCUACUUUCAUGAUCUGUCGCAGCGCAAAUUUCGAGUAGCACCGCCAAAUGGCGACCCGACAGCAGCAGCACAAACAACAAAAACAAACGAGAUUUCCGGCUAUACGAACGCCUUGCCGAAAUUUAAUGUUGCGCAAGCCGUAAAAAGCAUAGAGAACCUUAAUGGCCAAGUUCUAGCGAAUACGUAUAUACGAGAUCCGACGGUUAGGAGUAGCAUAAAUGCGAAAUCGCAAGCGGUGUCCACAAGAGGCGUUAAUUCAAACCAAAACAUGGCGCCUGCUGGGCUACAUUUAGACCAAAGUGGUUGUGAGGAAUGCACUGGCGCGGUUUGCAAUGCAAAUUGUGCUUACAAAGAACUGCCGAAUGGAAGGCAAGCGGUGGUGGCAAUUGCACAGACAGCAAAUUUGAAUGAAACCACUGUCGUUACAACAGCGGCGAUCCAUAAUGGCGGCAAUUACGGUUAUAGUCGAGACGAAUCGGGUGCACUCGGCGGCAAAGGCAGGCUACCUGCAACGGGUUACUAUGCGAGUAAUGUGUCUAGUUUGGUCUGAUUUUUAUUGCUAAUAAGACUUUAGCUUAAAUGUAAAUAGCUGGGACCGUAACGGUUAUGAUCUUUAAAAUAAAAAUCAUAAUUUUUUUUUACGAUCAUAUUAUAACCGUUAUUUUUAGAUUUAAUUUUUGAGAUCAUAGAAUGUUUAAAUCGUUCACACAAUAAGUUUGCCGGCGUUCAGUGCAUCUCAGGGGUUUCGGCCUGAAAAGCGCUAAAUUUGCUAAGAAGCUGGGUGUGGGAUUCUCUUUAAAAUUUUCUUUAUAGCCAAAAAUGUGUAUGCAUUUCAAAAAUACUCAUUUAUAAUGGAGAGAAAAAUAUUUGUAUAUAACUGUUGCAUUUAUUAGUAUUAAGUAUUUAAUCCAAGCCACGAACUUCCUAUUCUUCUCACAAUUUAAUCAUAUAAGAACUUACAUAGGUAUGUAUAUAAGAAUUUGCACUUCUUUAUACAUAUGUAUGUAUGUAUGCGUGUACUAAAAUAGAAUUAACAUUGAAAUAAAUUGGAAAAUAAAAGAUUCUUUCAUACACGCUCGGCUCAAGGAAAGCGCGACAAUGUGAAAGAGAAAG